AUGGCCUCAGCACGGAAUCCUUUAUUUUGCUGAGCAGGUAGCUACAUUUCCUUCCUACUCGUUUUCAGAAACCGGCAGCAUAAACAAACUAGCAUUAGCAGGAAAAGCUAGUUAUUUACGGAGCUAGCUUAAAGAAAAGGGCUACUCAAUGUUUCGCUUGUGUUCAGACACUCUCAAUAUACAGUGAGUAAAGUUACCACGGUUAAUGUUACGCUGCCUGGACAUGGACGAGCCGGACACCGCAGCGAUUCUUCCCGGGGACGUGCUUACCGCCACGGACGAGGAGACACACGACUAUGGGGACCACAAACAUGAGGCCGAAGUAGCGAGCACCGGCUUCGUACGACCACCGUUUAGGGUUACAUGCCCGGUGUCUGUGGAGCCGGUGCUGUUCCUCUCCAUGUUUUCUCUGGCCCUGCAGGCGCCUCUGUCCACUCAGUACCUGUGGGACCGCAUCAGCGAGGACCUCGGCUACAACGGCUCCAAGAGGUCGGGGUGCAGCAACGGCUCCGUGCCCCCCGACCCGCUGCAAACGGAGGUGGAAAUCUUGACUGCCCACUGGAACCUGUACAUCAGUCUUGGGGGAUUUUCUGUAGGCCUGUUUGUGGUGCCUCUGCUGGGCUCAUGGAGCGACCUCGCUGGUCGAAGACCCAUCCUCAUCCUCCCCAACAUUGGCCUGGCCCUCCAAGCGGUGGUUUACCUGGUGGUGAUGUACCUGAAGCUGCCUGUGGGCUACUUUCUAGUUGGCAGGCUGCUAAGCGGCCUUUCCGGGGAUUUCAACGCCAUCCUGGCAGGCUGCUUUGCAUAUGUGGCUGAUACCAGCGACAGAAAGUCCCGCACCAUCAGGGUGGCAAUCUUGGAGGCUUGUCUGGGCCUUUCAGGGAUGCUAGCCAGCAUCAUCGGAGGGCAGUGGCGGCAGGCACAGGGGUACAUCAAUCCCUUCUGGCUCGUCCUAGCCACAAACUUGGCCUCGGCUCUGUACGCUUACCUGUUCGUCCGUGAGUCGGUCGUGCCUGACCCCAGUGCCAAGCUCCUCACUUCCUGCCACUAUAAAGCUAUCUGGCACCUCUUCUCAAAAGGAGGUAGUACCAGUGACGCCGGCGGGACAUUUCACAGAUGCAAGCUAUGGCUUUACAUGCUGUGUUUCUUUCUGGUGGUGACUGUACACUUCGGCAGCAGGGAGUUAUACGUGUUGUUUGAGCUAAGCUCCCCGCUCUGCUGGGGGUCGGCCCUCAUUGGCUAUGGAUCAGCAGCUCAGAACCUGGCCUACCUCAGCAGUCUUCUGGGGCUGAAGAUCAUGCAGCGCUGCCUGGAAGACUCCUGGGUGGCUCUCGUGGGUCUGGUCUCCAACGUCAUCGGGCUGGUGGUGUUCUCUGUCGCUGACACCACACAGCUCAUGUUCACAGGUUACGGUCUGUGUUUCCUCUUCAUGGCUGCAACGCCUGUGCUCAGGUCAAAGCUGUCCAAGUUGGUCGGCCAAUCAGAACAAGGCGCCCUGUUUGCCUCUGUUGCCUGUGUGGAGAGCUUGUGUUUCCUGGUGGGCAGUGGCCUUUUUAACUCCCUGUACCCAGCCACGCUGCACUUCAUGAAGGGCUUCCCCUUCCUUUUUGCUGCCAACAUCCUCUUCAUCCCUGCUGGAAUAAUCGGGACCCUGCGAUGUUUGGACCAGAGGAGAGACAACAGAGACUCCACAGUAUCCUGACCUUAAGAGAAGCAGAGGGCAGGAACGUGUCAGAGAGCUAACGUUUGUCCUGUUGUCAGUCUAUGAGGUGAGCAGCUCUGACAUGCAUCUGCCUUAUAUUUCAAUUUGAAUGUAUUAAUACACACAACAGCUUAAGGUGCUAACCAUAAGAGGAAAAUCACAAACUCCUCAGUUGCUCCAAAACAUUUCAAGCAAGGGUGCAACCAAACUAUCAGCAAUCCACAGCAGAGACAGUGAAAUAGGAGCCGCAUGCCGGGGAAUACCGGGUUACACUUUGACCCUCCUCGCUCCAUAGUGUACACUCCCUGAAGAGUCCCACCACCACAAACAACACAGGAUAGUCCCAGAGCACAGAGAGGGAACAAGAGCUGCCAAAUCAUAUUUUAAAUGUUCGAAGGGAAGAUAAAGAGGUUAAAUGAAGUAUUAACGCAGCUACUGUGAAUUGAAUAACAUGAGAUUACUUUCUCAAAGCCAUUAUGCAAAUGUUGGGCCAACAAAACUUUAACCAUAAAAGGAUAAAUGUUUUUCCUAUUUUUUGUCAAUUGUGCAAUAUUUAUAAGUUGCAUCAGAUUUAUUUAUGAAAUAGAACUUGAUCAUGAUUUUGAUAGUUUGUAAUAAUAUGGUUAAAGGUAGGGUAUGUAAGUUGGAGAAACCGGCUCGAGAUCGCUAGAAUUUGAAAAUACACGACCGGAGAAAAUCUGCCACUUUCUUAUAGAGCCCCUCCUCCAACACACACAUGACCAAUGAGGGCACGAGAUAAGUUUGUGCACAGAUGGAAGGCUGACAGGCAGGUAAGCCAUCCAGUUAUUUUAGCCGGGCCGGCUAAAAUGAUUGGUCGUGCUUUUUACAGUACCACGGCUUCCACAGAUGACAUUUUUUUAUGGAUUUUUUGUCAAAGCACUUAAGAUAUUCAUUGCUAUCGGGAUGUUAAGAGCAUUCCAUGGAACAUAACAAAAAGUGUAUCUCGAGCCGGUUUCUCAAACUUACAUACCAUACCUUUAAAUCUGUUUCUGUUUACAUGUCACACAACGAUUAAGUGAGGAUCAGUUGUUUAUGUUUUUACAACACCCCUUUCAUCAUGUUUAAAAUAAAGGGACCAAAUUCUAUUUUCAUUCAAA